AUGAACAGCUACAAGAAACACUCCUUGUCGUUCUACGUCCUGGACGCAGCUGCAUGCGGCGGGGAUUUUUCCUCGCUGUGGAGAGACUUGGAGUUCGCCCCCAGGGAGGACAUCGUCAUUAUAAGCAUAAAGAAUGACUCGAGGAACGACAACCACCUUAGGAGGGCCAUCAAGGCAAAGUUAGAGCAACGCUCAUGUCGGCAUGGUGAACACAUGUUCUGUGAUGCGCAGAACCACUACGAAGUGGUGGACCCAAAUUUCCAAUUUGAAGGAAACUCAUUUAUCCUUAUGGUUAGAAAAGAGCUGCGCAACGACAUCCGGCAAGUGCAAUGCAAAAGUGUGAAGUUACGCAUGAGGAGGUGUCAUGGGAAGAGCUACUUCAAGACUAUGAGGCACUACUUCGAUCAUUUCAUAACGCACACGCCCCCACUUGGGGGGGACAACAGCUUAGAACAAGUGGGGAUGGCGAAGAGGAUGGUGAAGAGGGUGCCGAAGCGGAGCGGAGCGAGUCAGGCGACGCCCCGCCAUUCGCUCAGACGAGCCCGGUGCCGUAGUGAAGGGACGAAUGGGUGUGUUGACAUGGAAGAGCAGGGGGACAGAAAGGGGAAGAAGAAAAGGCACGACGACAACGUUGUGACUUAUAUCACAUUUACUUUUACGGGUGUCACUCUUUGCGUUUGUCUGUCCAACUUUGAUUUGGAAAAGCAUGUGGAGCGGUGCGAGUACUACAGGUGUUUGCUCGGCGGAGGGACGCGGGGUGGCUCGAUACAACGUGGCUACCUCCCAACCGAGACAAGAAGCAACUACGCUCAAGUGUUCCUGGAGAACUACCGCCUGUGCUGCAAGCAAAUGUAUAACCAUUUCACAAGUAGCAUAUUGUUUGAAACCGAAAAGGAAGACCUUCACCUGUUUAACAUGGACAUUGUGAUUUUACAGGGUUUCAACCAGUUGAUUCUUUUUAACCACUUAGGAGAGAGUAACCUAAAUAACGACUCCCUCAUUUGGGGUAACAAUUUUGCCAUUUUAAAUAAGAGUGAAAAAAAUUUGUUACAAAAAAAAUCCUAUUUUACCUUAACAUGUUCAGGCAAAAAUACUGAAUUUGUUUCCUUUGGCUUUAAAUUUUGUUGCGAUUUGUUUUCCCAAAUGGAGGUUAGCAUUGUUGAUGAUUUUUUUUUGUCACAUAAUGGGGAGGCCAAUCGGGGGGAAGCAGGACACAUGCACAUUGGGGUGAAGCCGGAAGUUCUAGAGUUGGGUCCAGUCUACACGUACCAGGUGUGUCAAGCAAGCUUCCAAUUGGACUAUGUGCAUGCAGGGGGUGGUAUGGGCCAGGAUUGUGAAAAGGGAGGAGAUCACCUCUCCUUCUCCAUCUUAUGCUUCGACCCAAGGAGCCAGUCUACUAUCCCAAUCAACCUCUACUCAUACCUCCACUUGAAGAAGAAUUCCAUUUUCAAGUACCUCGAGGAGAACGUUCGUUUUGGGCACAGCCAGUUGAGGGGAAAGAGAAAGGGAUGUUGUCCCUCACCUGCUGACGAACAAAACAGCGUUGACAUGGUCAGGCACGUGUAUGUACAUCCCCACAAAGGAAUUGUAAAACAAAAUGAACAGAAGAAAAUUAAACUUAAUAUUUAUGUGGACCACAUGUUAAAAAAGGGUGAAAUGGUAAAGGGGUCUUUUAUUUUGAUAAUUCGUUUUCACAAAUGUGGGAAGGACAUUAAACAGAUUUUUUUUACGUGCAGGUAUUCCCUCGUGGACAACAUCGUCAGUGCACUUGUUCAAGACAAACACCCAUUGGUGAGAACACCAUGGAGUAAUCGCUCCACAAGGAGGGAUAGGAGUGCAUGUAUUAAAAAAUGCACCACGGUGAAGACAAAUAUGAGCUUGCACAAUAGGGAUAAACGACACGGCUUGCGGAAUUGCAAACUGACCAAACGGUUGAACGUGGAGGAGGAGGAAAAAAGGGGGAGACGACCCUUCCUCCCAGUGAAUAUCACCAAGUUCGUUUUGUAUUCCUUCUUUGCGAUCGAUCGGUAUGAACAGGAGUUGCUCAGCGGUGUGGCCAAUCAUCCCCCAGAAGGGAUCCUUCCCUCGCAGGAAGAAGAUCAACCCUUGUAUCCGCUGGGGUUGUCUAACCUACGGACAGACCAUCUAGUGUACUGCUUCAUCCCCACCUCCUCCCUCCAAGGAGAAGAGAAAAAAGGAGUUGAAUGUAACCUUAAUUAUAAUUGGAAGAAACAUUUUUUCUGUGUACAGUACCCAUAUCAGUACAUUGAGGAGAAUUUUUUCCUCCAGAGUCGUAUCCUUCAAAUGAAUUUAAGGAGGCAACAUGUGGAGGGGGUACCUCUGGAGGUUCAUUACUUAGUGGGGAAACUUCAAAACAACGGUAAGGUAGAAAAACCCAUUUGUGUAGGAUCCAUUUUGUUUCUGUGGGAAGAACUCUUCAAGGUGUUAUCCCCUCCACUGGGUACCUUUGCGAAAAUGACUCAAAUGAUUAUCCGCAUUUAUAACAAGCCCAAAUUAAAACAGAAAAGAAAAAUGAAUUUAAUAUUUCGCAUCAUUGUUAAAAAAUCUCCGUCUCUGUUAUACAAAAAUAUUUUUUUAAUUCUCUUAUCCUUUUUGAAGAAGCUCUAUUUUUAUUUGCUUUUCCUGCAUGCCUUCCACUUCUUCCACGUCUCCUUCCUCAGCUAUGUAACACAUUUUUACCUAACUUUUAUGGACCACCAAAUCGGCCUCGACUUGGUGCACCACCUGCUAUUCAAUGGGUAG